AUGGAUUCGGUCAGUUCCGCAGGCAAGCAGCAGAAGAAGCCUAGUGACACAUAUUUGUGCAAACGCUGCAACGUUCCCGGUAUGAGCCGCACUGCCAUCAUCAUCACCAUAACACUGGCUGACUCUACUUUUCCAUGGGACUCAGGACACUGGCUCACGCAGUGUCCGACAAACCUAGACCCAUCCUUCGAUACGGUUCCUCUCAGAUUACGCUGCCCGCUUUGUGGUGCGGUAGGCAAACAUCUCAUGACUCUUUGCCCCAAGAACAAGGAUUCCAAAUCGCUCAACCAGAGACGUAUCCUGGCCGGGGUGUCCAGCAAGAACCAUCAUCGAGAGAGCAGGCGGGAGCGGCAUAGACUCAGGAUUUCUUCAAAUAAAUCCUCUUCUAAAGGAGAAGGUGGUCUUUCUCGGAGUGGUGAUCGUGGCCGUAGCCGUGGCCGUGGCCACGACCAAAACCUAGAGCACACCCGGGAACGCUCUCGCUCGCGGAGCCAACACAUCAGAGUCCGGGAAGGCCCAUCUCGCAGGAGGGAUAGGUCUGUCCCGAACCAUUCAGGACGCAGCUCGCCUCAGGAUCUUGGAGAUUUUGAUGAUUCCAAGCACGACGGUCUCCAGGACUGGAAGGAGAAUUAUGGUCCGAUGAACGCAGAACGGGCUCGCAUGAUGCAAUCUGGCGCGAGGGACAAGUCCCGGGGCUCCAAACGGCGCUCCUCGACCAAAACACCCGAGAUGGAAAUCGGCAGCGAAUAUGCAGUCUAUUGGCCAGAGAAUGAGGAAUCCCGACGCAGUCCUACGGUAUCGCCACCCCAGACCCAUGCCAUGAGCGACCGGUGUGGAUCUCCAGAAUCAUCCGACCAGCAGGCAGGUUUUCUGCAUAUGAACAUAGCUCUGAGGAGUCGCCAGCCGCAACAACCUGACGAGACGGUCAUCGAUACGGACCGUAUAUUAGAGUCUGUAGAGCAGUACAUCACAGCCCAGUUUAACCGCGAAACGGCCAGCGGGCCAAAGAACGCAGGACCACAGGAUAGGCCAGUCGUUGAGCCGGUUAUGGGCACGAGACACCCGUUGGAUUGUUACUCGGCCGCAGCUCGAGGCCUCAUUUUACGAUUUGGCCUUGGGAACCCGUGGGUCAACUACACCAAGAGGAGGCGCGCCUUGGAUCUGUGGGAUAAAAAGGAGCAGGUCAUGGGAGUCUCGAGGGCUCGGAGGAUGCGAACUCGGUGUGUUUGA